AUGGCGCAGCAAUUCCCGAUUCAGCUCCACUCCGUUGUCAACCUGGCGGACCAGGGCAUCAGCUCAGGCUCGUUCCGCUUCGGCAACGUGGCGAUUGACGGCGACUCGAACUUGGUCGUGAAAGAUACCAAGACGAACGAGUUGUUCAUCUUUUCGCUGGCCAUCCGCGCGGUUCAGGAGGGGCGCGCGUCCGCGGCGUCGACCGCGUCUCCGGCCUUCACGUUCACGAAGAAGCCGACGCAGGCGGAGGCGGCGUUGAUGCAUCCGACCGAGAAGAUAAUCGCACUGCGCGCCAAGACGGAGAACGCCGCAGGUCAUCUGAUCCAAGUCCUGGGUCUCGACACCAAGGCGCGCCUGGGCACCGCGCAGAUGAACGAGCCCGUCGUCUACUGGCGCUGGGUGGCGCCGAAGCUCCUCGCCCUCGUCACCGACCGCGCAGUAUACCACUGGACUGUCGGCGAAAACGGACAAGAGAGCACCGCCGAGCCCGUCAAAGUCUGCAACCGCGAAGGCAGACUCGCCGAGGCCGUGCAAAUCAUCUCCUACGCCGUCGACAAAGACCUCAAGUGGUGCAUUCUCACGGGCAUCUCGACACAGGAUGGCGGCAAGACGAUCGAUGGGAGCAUGCAGUUGUACUCGAUGGAGCUCAAGAAGCAGCAGCAGCUGGAGGGUCACGCGGCGUGCUUCAACAAUAUCGUCAUUGACGAGUCUGUCGGGCCUCAGCCGGUGAUUUGCUUCACGGAGAAGAAGCGCGGCUCGAACGAGUUCAAACUGCACAUCCGAGACAUCUACUCCUCUCGAGAGGGAGGGCAGACUCCGCUGAGACUCGCACUAGACCUUCAGAUGCCGGCCGACGCCCCGACGGACUUUCCGCUGUCGAUCCACGUCAGCCAGCAGUUCGGUGUGGUGUACGUCGUCACGAAGGGCGGCUACUUGAUGGUGCUCGACGCGCUCACGGGCACGGAGAUCUUCCGACAUCGGAUUCUCCAGGACGCAGUCUUUCUGGCCACGGACUCGCCGCAGACCGGCGGCAUCCUCACCGUCAACAAGCGCGGACUCGUCUGCCUCUGCAACAUCAAUAUCCAGACGCUCAUUCCCUACAUGACGCAGGCACUUGUGAACGUGCCCAACCGACAGCAAAUCGCCCUCAGCCUCGCCAAGCGCUACGGCCUCCCGGGCUCUGAAGAGACGCUGAUGCAAGCGUUUAACCAACACUUUGCGUCUGGCAACUACAAGGCGGCGGCGCGUAUCGCGGCGACGCUCAAGAGCGGGAUGCUGCGCACCGCGCAGGUGAUUCAGCAGUUCAAGGCGGUUCCUGCGCAGCCGGGGCAGACUUCGGCGAUCUUGAUUUACUUUUCGACGCUGCUGGACUACGGCACGCUGAACGCGGUCGAGAGCGUGGAGCUCGUGCGGCCAGUGGCGGUUCAGGGCCGAAAGGACUUCGUCGAGAAGUGGCUCAACGAGGGCAAGUUGGAGUGCACCGAGGAGCUGGGUGACGCGGUCCGUGGGCUGGAUCUGCAGCUAGCCGUGCGGGUCUACAAGGCGGCGAAGGCGGGCGCGAAGGCGCUGCAGGCGCUGACCGAGUUGGGGAAGUUCGAGGAGAUCAUCGCGUUCGCGAAGGAGACGCACUUCCAGGCCGACUACUCGUUUCUGUUGCGGAACUUAGUCAACGUGAACCCCGAGAACGCCGUUAAGUUCGCUCAGCAACUCCUCGCCUGCGAGCCGCCGCUGCUGGACGUCAAUCAAGUGGUUGAAGUGCUCCUGCAGCAGCACCGCUACCAGGAACUCACGUCGCUGCUUCUGGAGUACCUGAAGGACAACAAACCCGAGCAAGGCGUGCUGCAGACGCGACUGCUGGAAGUCAGCCUGAUGCACUCGCCGCAGGUCGCCGAGACGAUCUUCCAAAUGGACAUGCUCACGCACUUUGAUCGCCCCAAGAUCGCGGCUCUCUGCGAGAAGGCUGGGCUCUGCCAGCGGGCCCUCGAGUUGUACACCGACAUCGCGGACAUCAAGCGCGUCAUGCUGCAGUCGGCGGGAAAGAUCAGCCAGGAGUUCACCCAGCAGUUCUUCGGCAACAUGGCGCCCGAGGCCUCGCUGGAAAUCCUCACCGACAUGCUGCGCUCGUCCUCCCAAAACCUGCAAGCUGUCGUGGCCGUCGCGAUCAAGUUCCACGCGCAGAUUGGAACCGGCAAGCUGAUCGAGAUGUUUGAAAAAUUCAGCAGCUACGAAGGCAUCUUCUACUUUCUCGGCUCCAUCCUCGCCUUCUCAACCGACCCCGAAGUCCACUUCAAGUACAUCGAAGCCGCGGCGAAACUCAACCACACCCAGGAAGUCGAACGCGUCUGCAGGGAAAGCAAGUGCUACGAACCUCAAAAAGUCAAGGAAUUCCUCAAGCAAGCGAAGCUGGCAGAUCCGCGUCCGCUGAUUUACGUGUGCGACUUGCACGGGUACGUGCCUGAGUUGGCGGAGUAUUUGUUCAAGAAUUCGCUGCUGAAGUACAUCGAGGUCUACGUCUCACGCGUGAACACGGCGAACGCACCGGCGGUGAUUGGUACGCUGAUUGACCUCGACGCGGCGGAAGACUUCAUCAAAACUCUGCUGCAGUCGGUCCGCGGCGGCUGCGCGGCGCAGCAGCUCGUUGAGGAGUUUGAGCGCAGAAACCGCCUCCGACUCCUGCUCCAGUGGCUGGAGGCCCGUGUCGCCGAAGGCAAUCAGGAGCCUGCCGUCCACAACGCCCUCGCAAAGAUCUACAUCGACACAAACAAAGACGCAGAGAACUUCCUGAAGACGAAUGCCUACUACGACUCGCAGGUCGUCGGGAAGUACUGCGAGGAGCGCGACCCGCACCUCGCGUUCACCGCGUACAAGCGCGCGUGGGGUGCCUGCGACGAACAGCUCGUUGAACUCACGAACAAAAACGGCCUCUUCAGACUCCAGGCUCGGUACCUCGUGGAGCGCCAGGCGCCGGAGCUCUGGGCGUACGUCCUGCGCGAAGAAAACCCGCACCGCCGGCAGGCGAUCGAUCAGGUUGUCUCCUCGGCUCUGCCCGAGUCCUCUUCGGCGGACGAAGUCUCUGCAGCAGUGAACGCGUUCAUCAACGCGCAGCUGCCGCACGAGUUGAUCGAGCUGCUUGAAAAGAUCGUCCUCCACAACAGCGACUUCAGCAGCAACAAAAACCUGCAAAAUCUGCUCAUCCUCACAGCCAUCAAAGCCGACAGCAGCCGCAUCAUGGACUACAUCAACCGCCUGCAGAACUACGACGGAGCCGCCAUUGCGCAGGUGGCGUUGGACUACGGACUGCGUGAGGAGGCGUUCACGAUUUACAAGAAGUUUGGUUUGUUUGGCGAGGCGGCGGACACGCUGCUCAAGUCUGCGGAGGAGGGCGGCGAAGCCGAUCUCGAGCGCGCCGUGGAGUUCGCGCAGCGCUGCAACGAGGCCGAUGUCUGGAAGAAGCUCGGGCGCGCGCAGCUGAAGAACGGCAAAGUCCGCGACGCAAUUGAGAGCUUCCUGAAGGCUGGCGACGGCGACAUGCAUCGCGAAGUCGUCGAGGCCGCGGCGGGCGCCGAGGCGUACGACGCCCUCGUCGACUACCUCCUCAUGGCCCGCAAGAAAAUCUCUGUGAAAGACCAAGUCGUCGACUCCGAGCUCCUCUACGCGUACGCGAAAACCGAUCGACUCGAGGAAAUGGACGCCUUUCUCUCAGGCACAAACACCGCAAACGCGCAAGCGAUCGGCGACCGCCUCUUCGAUGAGGAACACUACAAAGCCGCGAAGCUCUUGUACGCGUCGCUCCCGAACUACUCGAAGCUGGCGAGUUGCUUCGUGCGUCUGGAGGACUUUUCCGCUGCAGUGGAGACCGCGCGCAAGUCGAAGAACCCGAAGACGUGGAAGGAAGUCGCGUUCGCGGCGCUGAAUAAGGGCGAGAUCAAGUUCGCGCACACCGCGGCGCUGAACCUCAUCGUCCACCCGGAUCACCUCGACAGCCUCAUUGAGCGCUACGAGCAGCUCGGCUUAUUUAACCAACUCAUUGAGCUGCUGGAACAAGGCCUGCAAGGCGAGCGCACACAUGUCGGCUUAUAUACGGAGUUGGGUGUUCUCUACGCCACCUACGAGAGCGGCAAGCUGAUGGACUACAUCCGCCAGCACAGCAGCAAAGUGAACAUUCCGCGUUUGAUCCGCGCAUGCGAGCGCCAAAACCUCUGGAAGGAGGCGGUCUAUCUGCACAUGAACUACGACGAAUUUGAGCAAGCCGCGAACUGCCUCAUCAUGCAUCCCGCCGCGUGGACUCACGAGCUUUUUGUUCAGAUCACGCAGAAGGUCUCGAACAGCGACUUGUUUUACCGGGCGAUUAGCUUCUACCUGGAGUAUCAUCCGCUGCAGCUGUGCCUGCUGCUCAAGUCUCUGGAGAAGAAGCUUGAUCACUCGCGCGUGGUGCAGCACGUGCGGAAAGCGGGUCACAUCGCCGUCAUCGAGAAGUAUCUCCACGACGUUCAGCACCUAAACAUCUCAGCAGUCAACGAGGCGAUCAACGAACUCCUCGUGGAGAGCGAAGACGUCGAGGCGCUGCGCGAAAGCAUCCUCGAAUACGACAGCUUUGACCAGCUCGCCCUCGCGCAGACGCUGGAGGCGCACGCCCGCCUCGAGAUGAGAAGACUCGCCGCGCUGCUCUUCAAGAGGAACAAGAAAUUCAAGCAGGCGAUCGAACUGUCGAAACGCGACAGGCAGUACCAAGACGCCAUCGACGCAGCCAGGGACUCUGGAAACUCGCAGCUCGUCGGCGACCUGCUGAGGUUUUUCCUCUCCGAGUUGGAUGACCCUGCGGGCUUUGCGGCAUGCUUGUAUGCCUGCUACCCGUUGGUGAAGCCUGACGUCGCCCUCGAACUUGCGUGGAAACACAAAUGCAUGGACUACUGCAUGCCGUUCCUUAUCCAGGUCGUCCGCGAAGUGACCUCUCGCGUGGAUGCGCUGGACAAGAAGGAAGAGACGCGCGAGAAAGAGGAGGAAAAGCAAAAGAGCGCGCCAAACGACUACGUGCCCGACUACAACAUGUCCUCGGCGACAGGCGGUCUGCUGCCUGGCAUGGGGGGCCUCGCGCUGAUGCCACCCUCGUACUCCGCGCAGCCCGCGGCGUUCCCGCAGCCUGUCGCGGCGCCGGGCUCCAUGCCACCUGCCAGCGGCCUUGGUCAGCCCUUCGCCCCGUUCUGA